GUUGAUUUGAAGUUUUUUUUCGUGCCUCUGCUGAAAUCCGUCUUUCAACAUAUUUGAAUAUAAAAUCAAAUAUAAAUAGAGAAGACUCAAUUCGAGACCGUGGUACAGUUUAAAUGUAGAGUUAUGUAUUUAUCCCAAAACGACGAAAUCGUUGAAUCGUCACAACAAUCGAACCGUUGCUCGCAACGUGGUAGAAAAAAGCGCACCAACGCAACCCAAUGGGGAACAAGAAAAUCACUGCGCCUAACUGCACAGCCGGAAUCGUUACCCGUUUUCGAAUUUUCUGAUAAUUCGACAGAAGAUCAUUCUGUUAAUAUUUCCGGCAGUCUUUUCGAUGGCCAAAACGAUUUGUUGCAACAUUAUGACGAACACGAGAAAAUUCAAAAUGAAUCAGUAAAAAAAGUCAGUGCUGUUGGGGUUGAUGUCCCGGGUUGCCAAGGAGAUGGCGUCGCCGUGGAUAAACGGGAUAAACACGACAUCGGCUGUAAAACCGUAUCGAUGAACAGUCAGCAUCAAAUGAAUCAACAAGACGCGGAAACACAAACCCAUAAUCCUGAACUGCGGAAUGUUCACGUUCAGCUUUCACCUAUUGCCCCGAAACGAGCUAUCAGGGACGCUUCCGUUCAAAUGUCUCCGGAGUCUCGAACAAAGAGAGCGAGAACUUCCGUUGCCGUAAACACCGAGCCAAUUGCCUACAGGAACGGGUCAGCCCAAACGCUCCAACUUGAGACGCGAGAAGUUGCCGUUCAAAAGUAUCACAGCACCAGGGUGAGUGAGGUAAGCGUUCAGACCUCUCGCUGCGAGCUGCCACGUAAUGUCGCAAAACGCAACGUAUGCAUUCAACAUCGUUCAUGCGAUGUCCUGGAACUCGGCGAGGGGAACGCCAUCGGGCUAGGUAUCGAGUUCAAGUGCGAUCCGCGUCGUCUGCAUCGCGCCAUGCUGAAGCUAGCGAUGCAGCAAAACUGUGGAAGCGACACAAGCAGUCGCUCGGUGAUGGUGGAAUUCACCGAAGAAGAUCCAUAUUGUGCCAACUAUAGCUACUUCAUGGAUGAUUGCGCUGAGCAGGUCAACGUCACAGUGAACACGGAUUCUGGAGUUUUUGACGAGGAAGUCAUUGCAAAUUAUUACAGCAUCGAAAGUUUCAGAUGAUUUGUCUCCCCGGUGUCUAUGAAAUUAGAUGAGAACUU